UUUGCCCAUCUAUCUUUGGAUUCCCAACAUACAAGUUCUUCACCUUCUAGAUUCAGGGCAUUGGGCAUGACUGUUCUUGAUCCCUUUUACGGAAAAUGAUGUUUGUUUUUUUGUGAAAAUAUCUUUUACGUGUUUAAAAGUAUAGAUUCUUGCACCAAGCUGAAAUAAAAUGGCGUUCUGUUAGAGCUUCAUUUGAGCAAUCACAACGAAGAUGACGAUGGGACGGUGGAAGAACGCCAACGUUUAAAAGGCCUCCGAGAACUGGAACCAGGCACUUCAUAGUUCAUUCUCUAUCGCUCUUUGCUUUAGCUCGUCAGAUGGAGGCGACCGCCCUCCUCUGCAGCAGCUGUUCCUCGACCACCCCGCAGUUUCAGCCGAACACGGAGAAACUGAGGCGGCGGCUGCUCCGCCGCGGCGUCACUCCGACACCCAAAAUCCUCCACGCCCUCAGCAAGAAGGAGCUGCAGAAAUUCCGCCGCCGCUCCAACAAGAAGGAAAAGCAACCCGCGGAAGCGAGCUCCGUGUCCGUGGCUGACGCCGAGGAAUCACGCUUCCGUGAUGCCCUCGAGGAGUAUCGGAUGGUCAUGAGGGAAGUGAAGGGAGGGGAGAAGGAUGAGAAGGGCGGUGGAUUAGUUAGGGUUUCCGGGAAGCCGUGGGAGGGAGGAAUUCAGCUGCUGCGUGACAGUCUGGAGUUCGGUAAGGAGGAUGUCGGCGAGAGGCUUAAGGAGGAGCACCUGGAGGAGUUAAGAGGAAUUCUGGCCCAGCGCAACCGCGAUAGUCUGAGUUGGCUACUGGACGACGAUAUGGGGGAGGCGGGAGGGAGCGAGCCAACUUACCGGAGAAGGGUGGGUGGUAAUGAACGCAUCCAGUGGCUUGUGAAGAGGCUCUCCGCCAUGGAUCUUAGAAAGCGAGAUUGGAAGUUCUCCAGAUUAAUGAUCCAAUCACGAUUGGUGUUCUCUGAGGUGCAUUUACUCAGGAUAAUCCAAGGACUUGGAAAGAAUGGUAAAUGGGAGCAGGCGCUGUCUGUGGUUGAAUGGGUAUACAGUAACGAGGAAUAUAAACAUUAUAAGAGCAGAUAUGUAUACACAAAACUCUUGGCAAUCCUUGGAAAAGCAAGGCGACCUGUAGAAGCUUUGAACAUUUUUAAAGGAAUGCAGGAAGACUACCAUAUAUAUCCUGAUAUGGCUGCAUACCACAGCAUUUCUGUGACUCUCGGGCAAGCUGGUUUGAUAAAAGAGUUACUGCAUGUAAUUGAUUGCAUGAGGAAACGACCUUCAAAAUUAUUACAAAAAAUGCAUCGUAAAGACUGGAAUCGUUGUUUGGAACCUGAUGUGGUGGUCUACAACUCAGUGUUAAAUGCUUGUGCCACUCAUAAGCAGUGGAAAGGAGCACUUUGGGUGCUUGAAAAGCUCAAGCAUAAUGGCCUAAAACCUUCUUCAGCAACUUAUGGCCUUGCAAUGGAGGUGAUGUUAAAAGCAGGAAAAUAUGAGCUUGUUCACAAGUUUUUUGGAAAAAUGAGAAAAAGAGGACUUGCUCCAAAUUCUCACACAUAUAAAGUUCUUGUGACUGCCUAUUGGAGAGAAGGUAAGAUAGAUGAUGCUGUUGAAGCAGUUUUGGAUAUGGAACGGAGGGGAGUAGUUGGGUCAGCUAGUGUGUAUUAUGAACUGGCUUGCUGCCUUUGCAAUAAAGGAAGGUGGAGAGAUGCUAUGGUUCAGAUUGAGAAGCUGAAAAAAGACCCUUCUCAUAGGCCAUUGGAGAUAGCAUUUACUGGCAUGAUUCGGUCAUGCAUGGAAGGUGGACACAUGCAGGACUGCAUAUCUAUGUUUGAUCACAUCAAGAGUUUUGUUCCUCCAAGUAUAGGAAUCAUAAAUAUCAUGCUCAAAGUUUAUGGACGGAGUGAUAUGUUUGCUGAAGCUAAAGGUCUUUUUGAAUCAAUUAAAAUGCUUCCUGCCUGUUCACCUGCAUCCUUUGAUGGUUCUGCUACUGUUUCUCCUGAUUCAUACUCCUACAGUUCUAUUUUAGAGGCUUCUGCUGCUGCGCAGCAAUGGGAGUAUUUUGAAUAUGUGUAUAAGGAGAUGAUACUCAGUGGCUUCCAGUUAGAUCAGCAAAAGCAUGCACUUUUGCUUGUGGAGGCAUCCAGAGCUGGGAAGUGGCAUUUACUGGAACAUGCAUUUGACCUGCUGUUGGAGGCUGAAGAAAUCCCUUGCCAGUUGCUGUUCAUGGAAAUGAUAUGUCAGAACAUAGCUCGGCUUGACUUUGAAAGAGCUGUCACUCUUAUCAAAGGUAUGGAGCAUGCAUUGCUUCAUGUGAAUGAUAGGCAGUGGAUAGAUCUAUUUAGAAGAAACUGUGUGCGUAUUGGCAAAGAAAAAGUACAGAAGUUAUUGAGCUUUUUUGAUCACUGCAAUACAAUGUCGGAUACCCCCAUCUCGAGCCUGUUAAAAGCUUUGAACUCUCUUUCUUCAGUGGAUGAUUCUACCUCUGUCUGCAAUAGUGCAUCUCCUGUUCCAAGUGAAACCUCGAAUUCAAGUUUGGAAUGCCACAAUGAUCUUGUAGCUGUCACUUUAACCAGUUCCACUGAUGAAGUUGGGCAAGACUGUUCUGGUGAAAUUAUUGGUCUGGGGUCUGAUAGUCACAAGGGGGGAACGUGGGAUAUAUCUACACGAAGCAACAAUGUAGAAAAUGCUGAUUUUGAUGUGCCAACCGAUAUAAUAACAUCUUAUUUCAACAGUAAUUCUGGUCAUGUUGUCACUGAUUUAUCAGUCAAUGAUCAAUAUGAUCUCGAGGCUGUAAAUGGCAGCCAGCUACUUCAUUUACCCAGCCAUAGUAUUCUGUCAGCCGUUUCCGAGUUACCAUCUGCAUCUGAAAUUCUGAAGUCAUGGAAGAAAGCAGAAUAAGGGGUAGCAUUUUGCAAAGACAUGGUUGAUUGGUGGUCCUGCAGACUUGCAAUGUAAAACUAUCAGAGCCAGAGUUUAAUGUGAUAACUGGUGUAUUUUUCAGAAAGUUCACCAGAAACGAAGUUGGGUGUGUUCACUAUGUAUAUAUGCUGGUAAAAGAUAACAUAAACAGGACAUGCCUGACCUCCGUGUUUAUCAGUAGUUUGGUCUGUUUGGUGAUAGCAUUGGCUGUGAAGACUCCAAAUCGCUGUGUUUCAAUCUUUUUUUAUUUUCCUCUGAGGGGAAAACGAAGAAAUUUGCAUUGCCAAACAAGAGUGGCAAGACAUGAGAAACCCAAGAAAUUUCAGAUGUCACAUGGGCAUCCUAUUCUGUCUGGGUGAUAGCGGGAACCGAUCUUCACACAGAAUUGAUAUUCAACUAAUUUCUAUGGUCCUUUGUAGUCUCCAGUGCAUGAGUAUUAACAAAAAAGCAGCUUUCGAAAUUCAAUGGUAUCUUCAUGACUUAACUAUGCGGAGUAACCAGAACUCAAGUGUUUUGGACAAUUUCUGCAAUCUGGCCUCUGCAGCUGGUGCUAUGCGUAAUAACAAAAAGGUGGUUGUGGAGAGCAGUAGUUGCUUAAUAUGUGCUGGAUCAGAAUAGAUGGUUCUCUGUUUGCCUCUUGCGACAGCACGUCGUUCUGUGGGAAUCUGAAUCUUCAGAGCAUUGUUGUCUGAAACAGGAUUAACAAUGAGACGGCCCAGCCGAUUACAGUGAGUUGCUUAGAUCUUCAUGUAUAGAAUGAAAAUAUUGUGUGCACAGCUGCCUUAACCUUUUCUAACAACGACAUCUCAUUCUUUAAUCUUGAUCAUUAUAUGUUCCUGUCGUUGUCAAACGUGUACAUGUGAUCUGGUGAUUAUUGGAAACUCCGUUUGCUGUA